UUCAUUGAUUUGUUCAAAAAAUGAUGAGUGGAUCAUAUACAAUAAAUACACACGCUACCAUGUAUUUCUCUCUUGUAAACUUCGAGAAUAUGUGUGUUUCAAAACAUAUUUGUUGUCUAUUUGUUUUUGUUGACACAUCACAUUGUGGCAGGCUAAAACAUGAAACAAACUUUUGAUCAUCAACUUACAAUCUCUUCCAACAAUUGAAUAUUUUCAGAACAAAUCAACAGGAUGCUUUCAUCUAGAGUCCCUUUUGCUCUCAAAGCUCUACCACUGUUGAACUGUCGUCAAAAUAAUCUAAGAUUGAUAAAGAACCAUGUUUUCAAUCAAACCAGGGGCCUCAAAUUUAAAGUCAAACGACCAGAAAAGCCAAACGUCAAGCCUGAGAGGCCUUCAAAGAAGAAGAACACAACUAAAAAAGAGCCCACUAAUGACAAAAACAAAGCCAAUGCUUCUCAAAGGAAAAUGAUGGAUGCCAUCUUGAAAUCAUCACCUAAAAUAGAGAAGGAAGUCAAACCUCGAAAUACCCUUGAACAAAGUGCCCCAAAAACCGUGAUGAGGCCCCCAAAGCCUAACAAAGACUACAUCAGUUUUGCUGAUAGACUAACACCUGCUGUUAUUCAAACUUCUUUAGGAGUGACCGAUGAGGUUUUCUCGAAAUUAAUCAGAAGGAUCAAUUUUGAUGGUCCUUGUGACAGUGUUAUUUUGAAGUUAAUUUAUGAAAGAGUUUUUUACCUGGAAUUGAUAGAACAAUAUCUUGCAUCUUUUCCAAAAGGCACAGAUUUGAAUAAAGUAUUGCAGGAAAAAAUUUUGACCCAAAAUUUGAAACAAAGUAGGGAUUUCAUUUAUACUCUCCGUGAGCUAAAGGUUGAAAAGUAUCCAGAGUAUUUCUACACAAGUUCAAGAGAAGUGAUGAGUUUAAAGGAUCUGAAAAGUGCGAAGAAUAUUACCUGGAUGGAUAGACUAAAGAGUCACGGUAUGAAGGCUUUGGGUAUGAAGUCGGUGUUUAAUCAUCUUUAACCCGUGGAUCAAUGUAAACGGACAAUGCCAAUAUU